UGGUUGAUGAAAUCAGAACCGGACACUCGCAUGGAAAAUGGUGUUGAUGUCAAGUUUGGGUUUGAUGACUUAAAGGCUUGCCCUGAUAAAACUUCUUACUGGGAUGGUGUUCGAAACUAUCAGGCACGGAACUUUAUGAGAGAUCAAAUGAAAGUAGGAGACAAAGUGUUUUUCUAUCACAGCAAUACCAAAGUUCCUGGAAUAGUUGGAGUGUGUUCCAUUUCCAGAGAAGCUUACCCAGAUCAUACCCAAUUUGAUAAGAAAAGUUCCUACUAUGAUGCUAAAUCAGAUGAGAAAAGUCCUAGAUGGUUAAUGGUAGAUGUGAAAUAUGAAUACGACCUAAAGAGAUAUAUUUCCCUUCAUGAAUUGAAAGAAAUUCAUCAAGAUCACAAGGCCAAUGGUGGUCCAUUACAAAAUAUUGCUUUAUUUACUAAAGCUAGGCUGUCAGUACAACCAGUCAGUGAAGAAGAAUGGGACUUCAUAAUAAAACUUUCAGAAAAA